AUGGAUCAAAACCUAGAGCCAUGCCAGAACGAAACCGAAUGCAUCGAAACAUCGUCGUCACUCCCCUCAAUCCCGAUAAACAUCGCAGAUCAAAAGAACCUUGACAUGCAGACAAUAUUGAACUCCUCAAAGUCACACCACAACAACUGCAGCAUCGAAGCAUCGUGGCACGAAAUCAUCCUUGGAGAGACCUCACAACUCCCCGCAUUCAAAUCAGGCGGCCUCGGAAGACUCAUGGUGCGAGGCAAGUACGAGGUCUGGGUGUGCAGCUACAAAGAUCUCUGCGCCGAGCCGUUGAACCCCUUCUGCUACGCCUUCGACGAACAGAUGAAGCUGUUUGUGCCAUGGUAA